AUGCAGUACGUGUACGACCUGCUCCUACCGCCGGAUGUAACGCUAGCGCCGUCCGACGGGGAGGCAGAGUCGUUCGAGCUGCUGGACCGCGCGACCGUCCUCGACCGAAUGCUCGAAGGCACAUUCAAGCCCAACUGCACGCUUGUCCUCAUGGACUUUUUCAUUCGGCAUGGAUGGCUCACGGCGGACAACGAAAGCGACUACACAACCUUAGUCUCGCUGCUGCACACGCCGCUGCGUAUUCCUGUACCCAGCUGA